AGCCCCGAGAAAUGGGCAGAAGUAAGUCGUCUCUUCCGAAAUUUCUAGUGAGUCGACCACAAAGCGUCAGACCCCUUAACCAUGAGCGACUACAGUGACACCACUCAGCCAUUGCUGCAAGGCAUCAAUGACCAAGCUCGAGUCACCGAGCUGUCCUCAGAAGCUGUGGAAGAGUUGUUGGCAGAGGAGCAGCCAGUAUCUGUUGGGUGGUGGCUGAGACUGGUGGGUUGGGAGUCCAAGCUGCUAUGGUAUCUGUCUGGUGCUUCCAUUGUUGUCUCAAUCUUCAAUUUCAUGCUCAGUUUGGUGACCCAGAUGUUCACCGGCCAUUUGGGUGCCUUGGAACUUGCUGGUGCUUCCAUUGCCAAUGUUGGGAUUCAAGGUCUUGCUUAUGGGAUCAUGUUGGGCAUGGCUAGUGCUGUGCAGACUGUAUGUGGCCAGGCCUAUGGAGCAGGGAAGUAUGCUUCCAUGGGCAUAGUUUGCCAAAAAGCCAUAAUCUUGCAUCUUGGAGCAUCUGUCAUCCUAUCCUUUUUGUACUGGUACUCCGGCACUGUUCUCCGUGCAAUUGGUCAGUCAGAUAGCAUUGCAGCAGAAGGACAGAUUUUUGCACAUGGAUUGCUCCCGCAACUAUACGCAUUUGCAAUCUAUUGCCCUAUGCAGAGAUUCCUCCAAUCGCAGAACAUCGUAAACCCCUUAGCUUACAUAUCUGUUGGGAUCUUCCUUGUACAUAUACUUCUAACAUGGUUGGCUGUGGAUGUGGUGGGGUUUGGCCUUCUGGGAGCAGCUCUUACAUUGAGUUUGUCUUGGUGGCUACUUGUAAUUGUGACUGGGCUGUUUAUACUUUUGAGCCCAUCUUGCAAGGAAACUUGGACAGGGUUCUCAAUGAAGGCCUUUAGGGGGUUAUGGUCUUACUUAAAGUUGACAAUGGCAUCUGCUGUUAUGCUGUGCUUGGAGAUAUGGUUCAGCCAGGGACUUGUGCUUAUAUCAGGACUGCUCCCUAAUCCUACAAUCUCACUUGAUUCUAUUUCCAUUUGCAUGAACUACCUAAACUGGGACAUGAUGUUUAUGUUAGGCCUAAGUACAGGAGCCAGUGUUAGAGUUGGAAAUGAGCUAGGGGCUGGUAAACCAAAGGUUGCGAGAUUCUCGGUGAUUGUUGUUAAUGUUACAAGCAGCUUGAUCAGUAUUAUAUUAAGUGCAUUUGUAAUGAUAUGUCACACUGCACUAAGUGAGGCUUUCUCUAGUGAUGAUGCGGUUAUUACAGCAGUUUCAGAUUUGACUCCAUUGCUUGCGAUCUCAGUACUUUUAAACGGAAUUCAGCCCAUACUUUCAGGGGUGGCCAUUGGGAGUGGAUGGCAAGCUCUGGUUGCUUAUGUUAACCUAAGCACUUACUACAUCAUUGGUCUUCCUAUUGGAUGUGUUCUUGGCUUUAAAACAAGCCUAGGAGUCGCAGGAAUUUGGUGGGGAAUGAUAUUUGGAGUUUUUCUUCAGACAGUGACCCUCAUUAUCCUGACUGCCAGAACAAACUGGAGUAAAGAGGUUGAAAAAGCCGAGGAACGAUUAAAGAUAUCCGCUGAUGAAGAAAAACUUGACUUGGUGGACAUUGCAUGACCAUUCCCAAGAUUGACGACACCAUAUGCUUCUAUAGAGAGAGGAUUGGAAGAAUCAGGAGGUCCUAGUUUUGUUCUUUUUUAGGGCAAGGGGACUUUUGGAUUCAUUAUCUUUUUAUCUUUGGUCACAUACGGCAAUAUGUGAUGAAUGUGUGUCAGAUGAUGAGAGUUUAGAUUAUUGUGUUGCGAAAAAUGGGCCAAGACCCUUGUUAUACCA